CAAUCCAAAUACACUCCUCCUUCUACCAAGAAUGAACAAGUUCGUUGUUUUGGCCACUUUGUUCGCUGCGGCUAUCGCUGCCGAGUUGCCAGCCUACUCGAAGCCGUCGUACCCUGCACCAGCUUAUCCAGCUGAAGCUUAUUCAACUCCGGCCCCAGCUGCUUAUACAACCAAAGCUGCUUAUCCGGCACCAGCUCCUGCUUACUCGAAAGCAAGCAGCGAACAACCAGCCUAUGGCAAACCUGCCGAAGAAGAUCAUCCACCGAUGCCAUUCAGCUUCGCUUACGAAGUUAAGGACGAUCCCACUUACCAGGACUUUUCGCACAAUGAGAACAGUGACGGCAAAGUCAUCUCUGGAUCUUACCGUGUAUCUCUCCCCGAUGGCCGCAUUCAAAUUGUCAGCUACAAAGCUGAUGAGAACGGAUACGUCGCCGACGUGAAAUACGAAGGGGAGGCCAAAUACGACGAAUAUAAACCUGCCGCUGCCCCGGCCUACCCUAAGCCAGCCUAUCAAACUGAGGACGCUUAUUCCAAGCCCGUUUACACAACUGAAAAGGCUUACUCCAAGCCAACCACCACUGAGAAGCCCGCAUAUUCCAAACCAGCUUACCCCGCUGAGCCUGCUUACCCCAAGCCCGCUUACCCCGUUGAACCUGCCUACCCCAAGCCCGCCUACCCCGCUGAACCUGCUUACCCCAAGCCCGCCUAUCCAGCUGAACCUGCCUACCCCAAGCCCGCUUACCCCGCUGAACCUGCUUACCCCAAGCCCGCUUACCCCGUUGAACCUGCCUACCCCAAGCCCGCCUAUCCAGCUGAACCUGCCUACCCCAAGCCGACCACCACUGAGAAGCCUGCCUACCCAGCUGAACCAGCUUACCCCAGGCCGUCUUACCCUAAGCCCGCUUAUUAAAUCUGAUCUUAAAGAAAGUAUCCUCGUGAAAGAUUGAACCCAUCAUCCGCUUCCUUUCACGCAAAACCUUCUGUAAUUUCAGUAAAUUAUUGUAAUUAAUAUAAACACAGUUUUCACUCGCAAGAAUGAA